AUGAAGUGUGGUGUGAGUGCAGGAGUGCCGGAGAAGGAGCGAGAAGUUCUGCAGAAGCUGAAGGAGCUGGUGGACAAACAGAGGGACGAGCUGCGGUCCACAGAACACGAACUCUCUCUGAGGAACGACGACGUGGAGGCGCUCCAGCUGCAGCAGAAGCGUGUGAUGAAAAUGAACCAGGAGCUGCGACACCGGCUCAGUGUGGUGGAGGCCCAGGGGAAGGCUCUGGUGCAGGGCAAGGCCGAGAUGGAGGCUGUGGCCCAGGCACGGACGCAGGAGCUGGGGCAGCUGCGGCGGGAGGUGUCCCGGCUGCAGAGAGAGCUGCAGGAUCUGGAGACACACGUGAGCUCGGAGACUGCGGCCUUCGCUGGUUCAGACCCCACAGUGAAGACGCCCUCGUCGGUCUGGGUGGAGUGUGCGGGAGAUCCACAGUUUUUGGCCAACUGCUUUGAACAAGAGCCCAAAGCGGACUGCGAAGAGACGCAACCAAACCUUUUGACAUGGGAUCUCUCAUCUGUGGGAAACGACACAGACAGUGAUGGGUCCGAGUCAGAGGCCCCACACUUCACCCUCCAGGAGCUGAGGGACGUCCUGUAUGAGAAGAACCAGCUCAAGGCCCAGGUGUUUGUGCUGCAGGAGGAGCUGGCCUACUACAAACAGGAGAGUGACGAGGACUACAGUGAGAGUGUGUGUGGUCCAUACGAGGAUAACACAGACUCUGCUGCUGCUGCUGCUGAGGAGGAGGAGCCCGAGUCCGGCAUACGCAAACUGAUCUUCACGGCCAUCAUGCCCAUGGUGGCAGCUGGUCUGAUCUCUGAUGACCCCACCCUGAUGCCCAUAAGAAGACUGGUUUCCAUCAGCUAA